GAAUGCUCCCUAUAAUAAAAAAAACACCGCACUGGUUUUAUUGUGAAACUCCUCAGCGGAAAUGCUCAUGCACACCAGCUGUAGCUUGACAGCUGUAGUCUGCUCCUCUCAGCUGAUUAAACGGUUCCAGUGCAGCAGCUCGUUCUCCUCCAUCUCUCUGAGCGAUGCGUUGUCCUGCAGGCAGCUGCAGCUGGAGGUGGAGGUGUGAGGAGCCCGGCUCUUCACUCCUUCAUGCGGCCGCUCUGGAGCCAUGGAGGAGCGGACUCUGAAGGCUCGGAGCUCCGGAUCCUGCAGCACACAACAACUACUACUCACUUCACUCUCGUCUUUAGCUUCAUUAUCCUGUCAGCAGCGGGUCGGAUCAACUUCUCCCUGACUGAUGUGUGCAUGAUGUGCACGCAGAGUUGAGUUAUAUCUCUGAUCCGAGUCUCUGGAGGUGAACAUGGGGUCAAAGCAGAGCAGCCCGGCCGCUGAUCCAGCCUCUACCGGGCGGACCAGAGCCUACUCCGGCUCCGACCUGCCCUCCAGCACGUCCAGCAGCAACGGCAGCAGCAGGACCACCGCCUCCGGGGGGCAGAGGUUUCAUGCGCCCGGAGCCUCCGGAGCCUCCACCAGCAGUAGAACCAGAACCAGAACCAGCAGCAGCAGCACCAGCCAGCAGCUCGGAGCCAGGGCCAGGUCCGGGACCAGACCUCAGUCCGGGAUCAACAUCCCGACCAGCAGCGGAGCCUACAGCUCGCAGGAGUCCGGCGGCAGCAGCCCGGAGGAGGCCGGAGGAGGAGGACCCAGGCUGCUGAUAGGAUCACUACCUGCUCACCUGUCGCCUCACCUGUUCGCAGGCUUCAAGUGCCCCGUGUGCUCCAAGUUUGUGUCCUCAGAUGAGAUGGAUCUUCACCUGGUCUUGUGCUUAACCAAACCCAGAGUGACAUAUAAUGAGGACGUCCUGACCAAGGAUGCAGGAGAAUGUGCAAUCUGCCUGGAGGAGCUGGUGCAGGGAGACACCAUCGCUCGCCUGCCCUGCCUCUGCAUCUACCACAAAGGCUGUAUAGAUGAGUGGUUUGAAGUGAACAGAUCAUGCCCAGAGCAUCCAUCAGAUUAAAGCGUUUUUGCACAGGUACUCCACAAUGUGAGUGAUUUACACAGUGAAGUGUGGAUCCAGGGAGACUGCUGGACACUGUGAUCAGUUUAACCCUCCACCCAAUAAUGUAGUACCACUGUGUGCCAAAUGUCAUUCAAGCAAUCUUCAGGGAUACAGACUCUUGUGUUUAUGUUUGAGUUGCACAUCGACGCUGGACUGAUCUGCGCCUCACAUCCUCUCCAGCCCUGACACUCAAAGCCACACAGGACAUUAUGGCAGGCAGGGCUCCUCUUCCUGAGUGGCCAUUGGACAGCAGAUGUCAGCUGAUUGUACACCAGGACACAUGAGGAGGUGGUGGACAUGGUCCUGGAGGCGGGGGCUGGUUGGAGGGGGGGGGUCGGGCCAUGUGUGGAUUAUCCCUUACUGUGUCCCUCCCCUCCUCCUUCAGCAUCAGUGUCUACCAGUGCCUUGUUGUUUUGAUGCCCAGCCACUGCGGGGCAGGACAGAGGAGGACCAGACCGUUGGCAGAGCCAGCUGGACCGGCUGGACCGGCUGGAUGGACUUGCAGGACCAUCUCACCACAACUGCCAUUCUACCAGUCCAGGAGAAACAAGCCAGUGAGCGGAGAGCAGCAGAAAUAUCUGUCUGCAUUAGCAGCUCGGACAUUUUCAGAACUGAGGCUGCUGCAAAAAUGGUGCCAAUCAACUGUGAAUAUUGUCAAACACACACAUACACACUCUCAAUCAUCAGUGCUUUUUAAUCACAUACCAUGGAGUAGAGGUCUUCAGGUACAGAAACCUGCCCCCAAUCCUGAAAAGGAUCCCUGAAUAACCAACCUGAGCCUACAGUAGAGUAACCGCUGCCAACAUGACAAAUAUUUGCUCAGUAUGUCGCUACAACAAGAACAUGUUCUUGUUUUAAUAAGGCCCUUUUCACGUUAUAACAAGAUAUUUUUCUUGUUAUAAUGAAAGAGAUGCGUUAAUUUCGUGUAAUAACGAGAAUUUUUAUAUAACAAGAUGGAUCGAAUUUGCAAAAAAAAAAAAAAAAUUAAUAAAUAAUAAAUGACUCGAUAAAUAAAUGUCAUUAAAUGUCGCAAAAAUAAUAUUAAAAAUAAAUGUUGCCAUUAAUUAAUUGGUAAAA